UUUUUAUCGAAGAGUCCCCUAGAUGUCACUGCAAGCAAUUUUAUACAUACACCUGAUGAAGAGCAAUUAAUUUUGUUGAACAGUUCACUGUAUUAUGGUUGUUAUUCAUUGUGAUUGUUGUCGGAAAUAUAGCUGUUCUGUACACAUUGUUAGUUGGAAGGUCAAGAAAAAGCAGAAUGAACUACUUCAUCAGGCAUCUAGCUUUCGCUGAUCUCUGUGUUGGAUUAAUAAGCGUCUUGACUGACAUCAUAUGGAGAGCAACAGUGAGCUGGUAUGCUGGCAAUAUUGCUUGUAAAAUCAUCAAAUUUUUACAGGUCGUUGUUACUUAUGCUUCAACUUAUGUACUGGUAGCCUUGAGUAUCGAUAGGUAUAAUGCCAUAAGACAUCCCAUGAAGUUUUCAGGGAGCUGGAGACGGGCAAAGUGCCUGAUAUUGACAGCUUGGUUGUUCAGUGUCGUUUUAUCGAUACCGAUUUUAUUUUUGUACGAAGAAAAAUUGGUUCAAGGACAGACUCAAUGUUGGCUGGAAUUUUCAGAGCAAUGGAAAUGGAAGCUGUAUAUGACUCUUGUGUCUAUAUCGCUGUUCGUCAUACCGGCAGCUAUAAUAGCGACCUGCUAUGCAGUAAUAAUAGCGAUUAUUUGGACUAAGAGCUCAAAAUCAUUCGCAAAAAUGAAGUAUGACGUACAGAACCCCAAUGAAAGACCAGGGUCCGAUUCUAAAAGAGUGAGUUCAAGAGGCUUGAUACCAAGGGCUAAAAUAAAAACUGUGAAGAUUACAUUGGUCAUUGUUAGCGUGUUCAUCCUGUGUUGGAGUCCUUAUAUAGUCUUCGAUCUCCUCCAAGUUUAUGGACAUAUAAAACCGACCCAGACAAAUAUUGCCAUAGCGACUUUUGUACAAAGUCUAGCGCCAUUAAAUUCAGCAGCCAAUCCGAUAAUUUACUGUAUCUUCUCAACUCACCUUUGCAGUACAAUAGGAAGCCUCUCGCCCUUCAAAUGGUUCACCAGAAAGAUGAAGAAGUCCUCCGAGUCAACAACGAACACGCAAAGCAGUAGUUUGUCGGAGUUUCUCACCAAUAACACCACCAACAAGAAGAGGACAGUUUCUGUUUCAACGAAUGCUCAUAUUGUUCUGGUACAUUGAGGUUGCAUGAGAUGAGAGCCCCAGAGUACCUACUUGUCUAGGAAAUAGAUACUUUUUGUGUGAUGGGGAUUCUUCCCUUGUUUAUUUUCGUACCUUCCCCGUUGAUGAAAAUUACAAGAUGGAUCUCGUUUUGUUCCAUUUUUAUACUUUUAGUUCAAUAAAGACAUUUUUUGAUA